AUGGCGGAGCCGGAGAAACAGGUGGUUUUGAUUACCGGCUGCUCUGAGGGAGGUAUUGGAUACGCCUUUGCUCGGGAGUUUGCCUCGAAUGGCUGCCUAGUGACGGUCACUGCUCGGUCGUUAUCCUCUAUGAGAAGUUCGGAAGGUGACCAAAGGUUCUUCCUCCUUGAGCUCGACGUACUCUUUGACGAAUGCAUCCAGAAGGCAGUGGAAGGCACAUUGGCGGGGUUUGGUUGGAAUCAUAUCUUAAUCAAUAACACCGGCAUCCACAACGUCGCCCCUCUCGCGGUGGUCCCUAUGUCUACCGUCGAGCAUGUGAUGAGCACUAAUGUAUACGAUUUACAGAGAUAUGGCCUAAAUCCGGGGUCCUUGGGAGGAUUUAUCGGGAUUUGCGAAGUUCUCCUCCGGCGAGUGAGCGAGCGAGCGAUCUUUUGUCUUGAAGGAGGAGGCAGAGAUGGUUAUCUUCACAGUGAGCAAGCUCCUGACGUGACCUCCAAUCAAAUGUCGUCAAAGGAUGAGGCGAAGAAGCUUCUUUAG